UAAUGGAUUUUGUUCGCCAAUUGCUUUGUACUGGUAUUAAAGACCAGGAAUGUAAUAUUACUGAAGAAGAAAUUCCUCGAGUUGGAGAAUUUUUUGAAAGUAUUGAAUUAAUUUAUUUAAUGGCAAUUUGUGUUGCUUCAAUCAUCACUAUAAUUAUUUUUAUUUUGGGAAUUCUUCAUUGGAUAUUUGUUUUGAAAUUUAUUAGCAACGAGCAAAUAAGGACAGAUUUGUAUUGGCUUGUUUUUAUGGGACCGGUUAUUUCAACUUGUGGUACUAUUGGACUAGUUAUUCCACGUGCUGCCAUUUUUCUAUAUGCUAUUGCCCUGGUUUAUUUUAUGAUUUGUAUUUUUGUGCUUGUUUGUCUUAUGUUAACUUUAAAUGGUUCAAGACAAAUUUUAUGUGAGAAAUUAAUGGCAAAAGGUGUAAAAAUAUCAUUAAGAGUUUGUCCGCUUGGAUGUUGCCUUUUUUGUCUUUCAAAAGUUGAACCAAAUCAGUUAAAUUUUCGAAGAAUGGAAUGGCUUGUUUUUCAAUCACCAAUUGUGAGAAUUUUUCUUGAAGUUGUAAAUAUAAUUGUUUUCAUGGAAAUUAAUUCACGUGCCAAUUUAUUUACUCAAAUUUCAAAUGUCAUUGGAAUGAUUUCACUUUUUGUUGGUUCCUAUGGUUCUUAUAUGAUUAUACCUGCAGGAUCUUCUUUACUUGGAGAAUAUCGUUUUCUUCUACUCUUUCGUUUGGUCGAUCUUUCACAACUUGCUUGGUCUGUACAAAAAGUUUUAUUUGAAUUUCUGGCUUUUCCAAGGCUUCAUAUAUUUUCAACUAAAAGUGUAUUACCAGCAUCGGCAAAAGCACAAUUUUGUAUUUCUUUUCUACUUUGCGUGGAAAUGCUUAUUGUUAGUUUAUUGGCAACUUUUAUGUUUCGUCCUUCACGCACCUGGUUCUUUGACAAAUUCCAACAUCACAGUAUAGGCAGAGGAUGUCGUAUAGGAGAUAAUAAUGGAGCAACUAUUAAUGGAGAUUUAAGAUUUUUGGAAAAUGGGAUAGAAAGAAGAGAAAAUACUUUACCAAGAAUAAAUUUUAAUGAGAGUUUACGUCUUGAACAGGUUCGAUUAAAUGGAAGUGGAAAUACAAUAUCUACAGAAACUGAAGAAGAAAAUAAUGGAAUUAUACAUAAAGAAGAAAGAAACAAAACAAUUAGAAGGGUAGAAAGUUGUAAUUAA